GCUCUCGAACGGCGGCUGCUGUUUCUGCUGCCGCCUCUGGUUACGCACGCCAAGCCAAGCCAGCCCUUCGCCUCCGAUUCUGCGCACACCGGCGGACCCAAAGCCUGUCAUUUCUGCACAACACAGUUUUCUCUCCUCCUCUCUCUCUCUCUCUCUCUCUCUCUCUCUCUCUCUCUCUCUCUCCAGUGGUGGGGAAGAAGGGGGGCAGAGAGAGGGAGGGAGACGGAGGACCCCUCGCAGGACGGCGGGGAGCGGCGGCGGGGAGCUCCCGUCCCUGAGCCCAGCAUGGCUUCGGGGGACCUUUACGAGGUUGAAAGGAUUGUAGACAAAAGGAAGAACAAAAAAGGCAAAUGGGAAUAUCUUAUCCGGUGGAAAGGUUAUGGAAGUAAUGAAGACACGUGGGAACCAGAACAUCACCUAUUGCACUGUGAGGAAUUUAUCGACGAAUUCAACGGGCUGCACGUCACAAGGGAAAGGCGAGCAAAGCACGGGAAGCAAGCCAGCGCGCCCAAGUUUUUGCGAGAAAGCAGGGGCUCCCCCCUUGAUAAAAUAUCGCACAGACCCCCUGACGCUGGGAAAAGCAAGGGAUUGUCCCAUAAAAGAAAACGCAUGGCCCCAACAUUUCAAAAGCCAAGAAAGGGCUACGCGUCCAAACCAGCAUCUUCAGGUGACAGAGCUGCUAAAACAGUAACUUACCGGACUACCCCCAGUGGUUUACAGAUUAUGCCCUUGAAAAAGCCACACAAUGGCCUGCCGAAUGGAGACACCAGUUACGAGAAGGACACUGGACAUUUUGGGAACGGCUCCCAAAAGCCAAACAUGGAUUUAAAUGAACAGGAAGGGGAACACGAUUUGCCUGGAGUAUUGGAUGUUAACAACGAGUCCCCCGUCAUGAAUGGGAUUGGUUCUCCCCUGACAAAUGGAAGCCUUAACCUUCAUAACACUGUAAAAAGAAAAUUGGAAGGGGAAAAGGAUUACGUCUUUGAUAAGAGACUGAGGUACAGCGUGCGUCAAAAUGAGAGCAACUGUCGGUUCAGAGACAUUGUUGUGCGCAAAGAAGACGGAUUCACACACAUCCUCCUCUCCAGUCAGACCUCAGAUAACAAUGCACUGACUCCAGAGAUCAUGAAGGAAGUCCGGAGAGCCCUGUGCAAUGCGUCAGCUGACGACAGCAAACUCCUGCUUCUCAGUGCAGUGGGCAGCGUCUUCUGCAGCGGCUUAGAUUAUUCCUAUUUAAUUGGCAGAUUAUCCAGCGACAGGCGAAAGGAGAGCGCAAGGAUUGCAGAAGCCAUAAGGGAUUUUGUAAAAGCGUUCAUUCAGUUUAAGAAGCCAAUUGUGGUGGCAAUCAAUGGUCCUGCCCUAGGCUUGGGAGCUUCUAUAUUGCCACUCUGUGAUAUCGUUUGGGCAAGUGAAAAGGCCUGGUUUCAGACCCCGUAUGCAACAAUUCGGCUCACUCCAGCUGGCUGCUCAUCUUACACCUUCCCACAGAUACUGGGCGUUGCUCUGGCAAAUGAAAUGCUGUUUUGUGGAAGGAAGCUCACAGCACAAGAAGCCUGCAGUAGAGGACUCGUCUCACAAGUUUUCUGGCCCACGACAUUUGGGCAAGAAGUGAUGCUGAGGGUGAAAGAAAUGGCAUCCUGCAGUGCAGUGGUGUUAGAAGAAUCUAAAUGCCUGGUUCGGAGUUUUCUGAAAUCUGGCCUUGAAGACGUGAACGAGAAAGAAUGUCAGAUGUUAAAACAGCUCUGGAGUUCUUCCAAAGGGUUGGAUUCCCUGUUCAGCUAUCUGCAAGACAAAAUCUAUGAAGUCUGACAUGGUUUUGAGACUUGAAAGAGAAAGACAGAAAAUAUUUUUUUCAGAGGGGGAAAAAGAUUUCAGGCCUCUGAAAGACUUGGGGGAAAAAAAGAUACGAAAGUCAAACCAUAUCGAAGAAAUCCUUCCGAGGAAUUUGUGGCAGCGUGUCUGACGUCCUUACGAUUGUGUCAAUUUCCUUGUGAGUUCAAUGGCAAAGUUCAGUGGUUUCCCCGGCAGGACUGGCUCUCGCUCAGCAAGAAGGAGCGACGGAUAUGUUAUAACAUCCUCAGCCUUUGCUGGGAAAGGCAUUUAAAUGGCUCAAGAAAACUAUACUAUACAUUCCACAUGCUGGAAAAGCACUAAUAUUGUCCCCUUGAAGCCACACUGCAAAUCUCAGUUUCUUCGUAAUCUCUUUAUUUUUAAUGGGAUCUUUCUUUUUUUGCAACUAUAAACAUUUUGUCUUUACAUUGCUCAGUUUCAACAUUGGAUCAGACCUGCUUUUGUUUGUUUCCAAAUUAUGAAUGAAUGAAUGUAUGGGUGGAGUGGAAUCUAAUUUAUAUCUACGAUGUACAAUAAUUAAUAAUAAUAAUAAUUUUGCAACAAAGAAACUAACUUGGAAUCCUUGUCGUUUCCCCAUCUUGUUGAGUUUAUUUAAUUUAUUUAUUUGUGUGCAUGUUUACGUCUCAGUGUGUGUAGGUGUGUGUGCAUGCACAAACACACGCACAGACACAUUAGACUCUUGGUAUCAUUCAGAUGCUGUUAGAAUGAUCAUUAACACAAUUAUAAUAACAUUGCCCAGGAUGAGACAACUGUACAAGCUCUUUGGUCUACUGUAAGUAAACGGAGCUGUACAAACAAGAAAAAGACAACAAAGAAGAAAAGUAUUGAGCAUAGACAUCCUUGUUUAAUGUUCCUUCGGGAAAAUAAGAAGAAUGCCAUGACUUUAAUAUGUGUUCCAAGUGGUUUGUUCUGUGAUUAAUUGACUACACCAAUUAAACACUUGUUUGUUUAAAAUGGUAAAAGGAGAGGGAUUUUUAAAAAGGAAUACAGGGAACAAUAGGUCAACAUUAUCUCUCAUUUAAAUCACUUUCAUAGAUUGUGAGUUUUUUCAUUGGCUCGUUCCUAUUUGGUACAAAACACUUUCCAUUUAAAUUCCAUCUUUAUUCACAUUUCAAAGCUGCUGGAUUUUUGCUUUUCGUUCUGUUUCUUGAUUUAUACUUGGCAGCGCUCCACCAUCUACAGUAGAGUCUCACUUAUCCAAGCUAAACAGGCCGGCAGAAGCUUGGAUAAGCGAAUAUCUUGGAUAAUAAGGAAGGAUUAAGGAAAAGCCUAUUAAACAUCAAAUUAGGCUAUGAUUUUACAAAUUCAGCACCAAAACAUCAUGUUAGACAACAAAUUUGGCAGAAAAAGUAGUUCAAUACGCAGUAAUGUUAUGUUGUAAUUACUGUAUUUACGAAUUUAGCACCAAAAUAUCACAAUAUAUUGAAAACAUUGACUACAAAAAUGGUUUGGAUUAUCCAGAAGCUUGGAUAAGUGAGGCUUGGAUAAGUGAGACUCUACUGUAGUUAGAAUAUGUGUGUAAAAGUCUCUGUGCAAAUGAAUGCAGCAUCUAGUUUUGGUUUUUUGGGUUUUUUUUCGUGUCAGGAGCGACUUGAGAAACUGCAAAUCGCUUUUGGUGUGAGAGAAUUGGCCGUCUGCAAGGACGCCCAGAUGUUUUACCAUCCAUGAGGCUUUUCUCAUGUCCCCGCAUGGGAAGCUGGGGCUGACAGACGGGAGCUCACCCUGCUCCCCGGUUUCGAAUCGCUGGCCUUUCAGUCAGCAGUCCUGCCAGCACAAGGAUUUAACCCGUUGCGCCACCAGGGGCUCCAGCAUCUCGUUAAUACAGUAGAGUCUCAUUUAUCCAACAUAAACAGGCCGGCAGAAUGUUGGAUAAGCGAAUAUGUUGGAUAAUAAGGAGGCAUUAAGGAAAAGCCUAUUAAACCUCAAAUUAGGUUAUGAUUUUACAAAUUAAGCACCAAAACAUCAUGUUAGACAACAAAUUUGGCAGAAAAAGUAGUUCAAUACGUAGUAAUGCUAUGUAGUAAUUACUAUAUUUACGAAUUUAGCACCAAAAUAUCACGGUGUAUUGAAAACAUUGACUACAAAAAUGCGUUGGAUAAUCCAGAAUGUUGGAUAAGUGAGUGUUGGAUAAGUGAGACUCUACUGUAUUUAUUAAAAUAAUUUUGGCAAGCAAUAUGCAAGAUGGUUUGUGGAACGGCUCCUAUCUGUAUGUGUUGGAAGCACAGAUCAGUUUCUUCAGUCAUGAUAAAAGGCUGUUGCUUCUCUUAUUGUCUGCUCAAUAUAUAUAUAUAUUAUAAUAAUGGUAACUUGGAUCAACUAAUUCAUGUAUCAUUUGCUACUGUAGCCCAGUUCAACAUGUUUAGACUCAGAUUGUGAAGCGGAAGUAAUAUUCAUCCAUAUGCAUUGCUAGGAAAAAAUAUGUAAUAUAUGGCACUAAGGAAGAGUGAUGCAAAAGAUAUGACAGAUCAUCUUUUAUAUUAUAUUUUCAUGUUCCUGAACAAAUGAUACACUCCUAAAUAAUGUAUCAGGUGCAUGAAUAAACUGACAGGAUGAAUUGUGUUGGCAGAAUCGUAUAAUUUUGGUUUUAGAACAAAGAAUUUCCAUAACAUAACACACUUGAUUUUUCAGCAGUAUUUUCAGAAUAUUGUCAUAUUUUCUUGGGAAAUGAAUUACUAAAAGUUUAAAACAUUUUGUUUUUUAAAAAGACACACAGAUAGUUAAUCUAAUUUGAAUCUGAUCUUUUUUUUUUAAAAGGGGGCUGUAAUGAUCUUUUUUUUAAAAAAAGUUUCUCAUCUAGAUUUAUCUUUCUGUCAUUGCUGGGUAUUAUUUAACUCUCUGUGUGUCCAGUAUAUACUAAAUCAAAUACCUUUAUUGAAUAUUCACAGUGUUUAAUAAUAAUUAUUAUUAUAAAUGCAAAUUGUUAAUUAUGUUAUAUUAUUUUCUGUAAAUGGCUUUGUACAGAUCUUUUAAAAAAACUUGCAAUUUUUUUCAUUUGUAGAUAUGGAAAAUAAGCAAUUUAUUUCUGUGAGUUCGUCUUGCAUGUAUAUUUUUGCUGUACAUAAAAGUGUGGCUUAGCUGGGUAUCCCUCUGUUUCAAUGAAUAAGCUUUCAGACUUUAAUACAGUAUAUAUUUUCAAAAAUAUAAACUUUUAUAUUUCUGUGGUAGAUUAGGGUAAGCGUUUUAGGCAAUCUUUUCCAAGACGAUUAACCAUUUCUUUUACUGCCUAGCAUUCAGAGGCUGGUGCCAAUUGUUUUCCACUUGGAAUAAUAUUUUCUCAUAUCCUUAUAGAUAUAUGCAGGCAGUUUUUUGUUUUUCUUUGGAUUAUUUUUUUUUAGUUCAGCCUUGAAAUAAGUGAAUUGAGCUAUAAAUUUGUAAAUUUACUGCAUUUGUGAAUAAGCCUUACCACUAGUUUGAAUCAAAACAUUAGCUGAUCUGUAAGAAAGGUCCACCUAGAUGUGAUGGCAGCAGAACAUGUCUUUGAAUAGAGAGGAAACCAACCAUGGGCCUUAUCUGGACCAUAGAAGGUCGGUGAUCUUCUCCAACAAGGCAAAGUUAUCAAAACUGUGUCUAAUGCACAACCAGAGUCCAUGUGGUCUUCUUUUCCAACCCUCAUCUGGUCCUUCUCAGGGCCCUUCCACACAGCCAUAUAACCCAGAAUAUCAAGGCAGAUAAUCCACAAUAUCUGCUUUAAACUGAUGCAAUUUUUGUGUGCAACAAGAUGCUAGAAGGCAUGGCCACACUCUUGAUGUUCUCAGGCUUCCACCUGACGUCUUGAAUGGAGCUCCUCUGUCCAACCCUUUAGCUCUUGAAGUUGUCUCUUAAUAAGGAAGACAGCUCCCCCAAAAAAGGUCUGUUAUGACUCCCUGAUCACUUUCCAUUUUGGAAAAAAAAUGGGAAUGUCCUAGCUGUGGAAUUCCAGAUGGGUUGGAAGAGGAAAGUGGAUUGAGAGCAACUUCUCUUUCAUCACAGAUGUUUCUCUCCUAGGACCUUUUUCUCCUGCCAAGCUGCUUUUGCCUAAUCUGGUCACCAAUGCCGGCUAUAAAUGCAAGAUGAAGAAAUGUCGUUCAACACAUUUGGGUGGAGAAACCAUUUGGCACAAUCCGCCUUUGAAAAAAGAACAUGUUGAGUUGCCAUUACUUCUAUGUAGACCUUAAAAACUCCCCAAUCCCUGGUAGCUGCAUUCAGACAGGUUUCCAAGUCAGAAUGCAAGGCCUUAAUGUUGUUUCCUUGUGAAAUGGAUAAUACGGGUUGUUUCUUUCAAACAACAUAGUUAGGUUUGUUGACCUGGGCUUUAUUCUCUGUGAAAGUGUACAUAGUGUCCACCCUGCCAUGCCAAUCACUCUCAGGCUGUUUGUGGGUGGCUGGAUCUAUUAAAGUCUUAUCCGGCUGUAGCCAGGCUGUUUGUGGAUGGCUGGAUCUAUUCAAGUUCCAUCUCUUUAAGAGACACUAAAGAAGUUUACAUAAGAGACUUAACAGACAAUCUUAAUCGUAAUGCAUUUAAGUACUCUGUAUCCCAGAUGUGUGAUCUCUACCCAAUUAACUAUGUUUUUUAAGCCAUACUGAAUCUCUUUCACUAAUACAAGGAAAGUCAUCCACUCGGUCACUGAACCUGUCAACAGGAUUUUGGCUGCAAGGGAAUAACGUGCAUGUACUGUACAUAUAUAUAUGAUAUGUAUCUUCCAAUCAAAGAAAACUAAGGACCAAAGAGUACCGUUUCCCUAAAACAAACCAGUUUCACCUCUGCAGCAAAGAACAGGUCUUGAUUCCUUUUCGACAUUCAUUUUGCAUCACACCUUACUCAUUUCAGGGAGAGAGAAAAAGAGAAAGAUAGCCAGAUAGGGUCUAUCUGCUGAAAAUGUUGGGAAAUGAAAGAAAGUCAGGAAACAUUUGAAUGUCUAUUGGUAAGGCUUAUUACCAAACCUUGGAAAUAAAGCAAAUAACCAAAAGGGAUGGGAGGGGGGGUUAACAAAAUGACUUCUUUGACUUCUAAUUAGAAUUUUGCACUGAUAAGUUAAAAUGUAGUCAUUUCCCAAUAAUGAGGCCCAUCAGUUAUUUUGUUGUCUGAAUGUCAUAGAAUAAGAUGAAAUGAGUUUCCAAUAUUUGUGAUGAUGGUGAGUUCACAGUGUAAUGAAUGCAAAGGUACGUACGGGGCACCCCCUAACCAGUGUUGUAAAUAGCCCUUUGGACAUUAGUUGAGUGCCGAGAGACAUGUAUCUUCUGAUAUAUCAAAUAUUUGACUGUCUAGAUCAAAUUGUACACAAUAUAUUUGUCGAUAGUCCUGUAACCUAGUGUAUGAACACAUUUUUCUGGGUGCCUUAGAAGUUGUAUUUUUCAUGUGUGUUAAUAUGCAGUAUUUAUACAUUGUGAGAAGCUGCUUUGAAUAAAAAUAUUGAAACUG